UCUUGCUGCUGCCAGGUCCAGAGUGUGUCAUGGGUCCCUGUACGGCCUCCCAUUGCUGCUGUCUCCAUCGCCACAGUCUGCCAUGUGCCACUUUCAGGUCUCCUCACACUGCUGGUGGGUUCCAUUUUGUCAUAGGGUGCUGGCAGAUUACGGGCCUCCCAUUGCUGCUGCCAGGCCCGUAAUCUGCCAUGGGCCCCCGUACCGACUCCUCAUGCUGCUGCCAGGUCCAGAGUGUGUCAUGGGUCCCUGUACGGCCUCCCAUUGCUGCUGUCUCCAUCGCCACACUCUGCCAUGUGCCACUUUCAGGUCUCCUCACACUGCUGGUGGGUUCCAUUUUGUC